UCCAGUAGAUCGCCAUCUUUUCACUGGAUCGUGUGUCUGUCCAACCCUCUGCAGUGUGGUUCCAAGUGUGAUUCCAAGACAACGUACACACAACGUACAAGUGUUCCAUCAGCCCACAACGAACACAUUCGUCGAGUGGCAUGUGUCCUUUACCCGACAGCAACCAUUGGCAUUUGUUAAACAACAAACGACUAAAGGAUUCACUGUUGAUUCAACCAAUUCGUGCAUCGAAUGUCCUAAGCCAAAGUCACAUGCCUAAACAUGAAUGAAGAGCUGCUGCCGUGCGAGGUGGCAAUUAGUGUCGUCGCCAAUCAAGAACCUGUGCCACCAUCAUCGACUGAUCGGAAAGCAUCUUUGACCAAGAAAUUGAGUAACAUUAGCGACAAUUUCAAUUCCAUUAUCAAUAGUGCUGUUGGAGCUGCUAUCGUCUCUUCAUCGACACAUUCAUCGUCAAUUAUCCCAUCGAGACGAUCGAGUUUGGUCGGUCGUAGUCGCAAGAAAUCACGUCGUUUGACGUUGACUCAAGUUUGCUCUGAAGAAUCACCAGUCAGUCAUCAAUAUUCUUGUGGUGCUAAUAAUCGUCCUCAAUUGCCCGUUCCAGUUGACAGCAAUUACGGUGAACAUCAACCUUUGCAAUCCGUUUCGUCGAUUGACGGCUAUGAUCAUCCUACCGUCUCCAGGACGGCAAGUUUGAUUUCUUUUUCGUCAGUUAGCAGCAGCUCAUCGUCUGCCGUCUCAUCCAUGUCGUCGUCCAGUUCUUCGUCACCCAAAUCUUUCUCUCAAAGGUCGUCCACUUCGUCGCCACGAUCAUCAAUUUCUUCGACGUCGACUCAUCCCGAACGGAAAAUCAAUCGCAUUUUUUCCAUUUUGCAUUCGAUGCAACAAACUUUUCUGCAAGCGCAGCCAUUCGCAGCAGCAGCAGCAGCAGCAGCACAACAAAAUGGACAACAACCACAACAACCCACAUCGCCACAACAGGAGCCGCAAUUCAUUGUCAUGGUACCACCGCGAUCGACGUCCGUCACCACCGUCCAUUCGGACGCCUGUAAAAGCACCCAUGGCAGCGUGAGGCCGCAGCGUUUGCACCAGCCGUCACGCCAACACAUUUAUGGAAUGGGAAGGAGUCAAGAUUCGUUGGUUUUGGCCGGUGCUGGGUCCGUCAACAGCCAUCCCAAUCACAUGGCCACGACCAUAGAUCGCAAUCGGCGCUUCGGAUCGGCCAACAGCUGGGCAGGUUCUCAAUGCUCGGGAUACACGUGCACCACCAUGACAACCAGCACUGAAGCCACCUUGUCGGCUCCUUUGGUGCAUGCCACGCCGUACCACAAGGACGGAUGGACGUCGCUAUUCAUCGCAGGUAGUUCCACAUACGCCCAGUUGUUAAUUGUCGUCUGCAUCGUGGCUGCACUGUCAGAGGUGGUUACUCACAACGUCCCAUUUCUCUACUUCGAGGGAUUUUUCACAUACUUGUACACGAUGUCGAUCCUAUUCUUCCUCUACGUUUUCGGCUAUUUGUUACGCUCGAAGAGGAGAAAAGAGGAAAAAAGAAGAUUACGUAAAAUGAGUAAAUUAAGACGUGCUCAAAUGGCAACGUCGUCUGCUGAACACGAGAAGGAUAUUCAAGGCUCUUACCGCAGUAGCAGAAGUGCUUCGAUCGCCAUGGAAACAGAAGCCAUUGCCAGUACGUCGACCCUCAAUCGUUUCAUUACUGGGAUCAGGAGCCAAAGAAGGAGGUUCAGUCGAACGGGUGACGGUGUUAAUAAUUUAGCAUUAGAAAUUGGCAAUGAAAACAGUAAUCAUGACUCAUUCAAAUCACCAAAUUUGCCUGGACCGAGUAAAAACCUGCAAUGGACACCGUCGUCGGUCGGUUUCAAUUUGGUUGACGAGUCGCCAAGUGAAAUCGUUUCAUACGCAAUGAACAGCGACAAUGUCGUCAUCCCCAGUAGUGAAACCGGUCGAAAUAGCAUUCACCAUCAUCAUAGCGGUAGCAGUAUGAAUGGAACAAGCAGCAGCAGCAAGAUCAAGAAAUUGAAAGUUUCAGACAAUGAACACAGCCAUGGCAGUUUUUUCCUUAGAGCUGGUGCCGUAGCUUUCGGAUUGGGCACCAUGAUUUAUGACGGACUGGAAUUUGGGGCCUUUCUCGAAGUACCCAGUGAUUCACCUUGUUUCGCUCUACUGCGAGGACUUAAUCCUGUCCUCCAUGCCGCAUUUGUGUUCCUCCAAAUGUAUUUCAUCUUCAUAUCAGCUAGGCUGAACAUACACAAAUUCAAAGCGAUUGCCCGUUUUGGAUUAAUGCACUGUCUGGCGACAAACGUGUGCGUUUGGAUGCGGACGCUUGUUCGAGAAUCGCUCAAAGAGAUCAAUCAUCAUUAUGACCAUCACCCGAAUGAGGCCGAAAAAUUGCACAUGACCCAACAUCAACAUGUGGCCUCAUCUAGUGCUGCCGCCGUGGCAGCAGCGGCACAACAUGAAGCGUCGGCUGCUGCAGCUGAUACACAAGCAUUUCUUCAUCACGUGGCUGAAGCUGUUGCUGCGGCAGUCGGUAGCGAAGAAGAUGGAAGUGCAUCAGUUUACGAAUUUGUCAACGAUACUCUGGCCGAAGCGCUCAGCGCUGCUAUCGAAGUCAAGAGUAAGGAAAAAACAAAUUUAUGGGAAUUGACGGGUAAUGUCUCGUGUGGGCGCCAUAUUUUCCUCGGCGAACUCAUUAUGAAAGCGGCACCCUUUCUCUAUCCCUUCUUAAUUGAGUAUUCCCUCAUUGGUGCUGGUGUCCUCUACGUCAUUUGGGCUAACAUAGGACUCAACCCAAAGUACAAGACAGAGGAGAAUGACAAUGAGGAUUCAACCUGGAACAGCAAAUCUCGUCAAUUGAGAGUUGACUGUGUUGGAGCUUCAAAAGGUCUUUUUAUGGGCCUUUUUGUCUUGACGGCCGCCCUUCUCUGUCUUAUCCUCUUCUUCAUAUUUGCACCACAACGGCAAUUUCAUCGUCUAGGAUUGUUUUUGGCCGAUUCGGCUCAUUUGUCGCUACUUGUUUUCUCACUCUGUGCCAUGGCAAUUGGCUCCUACAGAGCCCGACAUCUCCAUUUCCAUUCCGAACAUAUGGAAGAGCUGGGCAGCAUUUUACUUCGCGUCUCUGCCCUGGGUAUUUUUGCGUACUCCGUCUUCUCCAUGAUUGCUGGAGCAUUUGCAAAUCAAGAGACGGACGAGCCGCCCGUCUUGGUCUUCAUCAACGGCCUCCUGUCAGUAGUUGAAGUAACUAUGCAGAUGCUCUUCAUUUCGGAUAUGUCUAGACGACGAGUCAACACAAUGGAGCAGGACCGAGAGAAACCCGGCCGACAAGCCGUCACUUUUUUGUUGAUCACCAAUUUAACUCUGUGGCUGGUCUACACAUUUGAAAUGCAAAAAGUCGAGGCCAAUCCGGUCCAGCUCAAUUUUUACGGUUUCCUCCCUUGGGCCAUCGUGCAGCGCAUCACUCUACCGCUUUGCAUUUUCUACCGUUUCCACUCGGCCAUUGUCUACGCCGAAAUAUGGAAGAAUUCGUACCGAUAUCAUGGGCCUUCCUUUGAGGAAGCCAUGCCACAACAGUAUAUUAUAUCUUGAGGGAGUUCUUUCCUUUCUUUGUGUUGUCAUUUUCACUUU